UCCCACCGUAGCCAGUGCUACGCCGUAGACCCUACGCCGCUACCAAACAAAUGCAAAGCUAGUUCAGUGCAGUGAUCAAUUUAGUGCGAGCGUGAUUUUUUUAACAAACAUUUAGUGCGAUGCUUCCCGCCGGGUUAUAGCGAUGUCGGCACUAGUCCGCCCUGUGUGGACGGUCCCUCUGAACGCACAGUCGUCCUUGACGCAGAUUAGCAAACGAAGGCUCGAGUUCGGCGUGGAUGUGGAGACGUUUAGGGUAAACGAUCGACGAUUGGAGAGACCGGUCAGCGCAAGCUCCAUGGACGAGGACGAGGUCGUGGGCAAGCGGCGGCGGAGACUCCUCGACGACGAGCGCCGAGACGAAGUCGACCUCCAACGUCGCCUUCUACCCGCCCACAGACCUUACGCUAUUCGGCAGCCAGACGAAGACGACGAAUCACUAAUUAGAAAAACACAAGCAGCUCUCAAAUCUCUCUCAGGCAGCUGGCCGCGAGACCAAUCGCCCGCCCACAGCGGUGACGAUAAUGAAGACGCGAAUGGCUUCGAAAAUUUGUUCAACGACAAACGAGAAAAAACGUUACCGUCCUCCCCGUCCCCCUCCUCGGAAAGCGCUGACGCCUCGCAAAAAAGUUUCCCGACUUACCAUCAAGUCGAUGACCAGAUAAACGGUGCCAGCGAAAACGAGGAGAGCACGAGAAAGUCGCAGCGGUCAGAUAGAGAGAGGAGCUACGAAGACAGUAAACACGCCAAGUACUCUAACAACUAUGACGCACCGGGUUUCGACGAGCUGGGCGAUUCGUCUUCCAACGAGUUAGAGAUAGACAUGUCAGAUAGAAACGACGAUAAAUACGACGACGAAAAACCGAGACGUAAAGAAAUAGUGUCCCUAAAUAAGCAGUCACUGUAUAAUGCGUACAAGGCAGCUACGGCUGGGCUGCCGUACUCGACGCAGUCUGCGUUCAAGCCGCCUGCGGAGGUGAAGCACAGAUUGCACGGGUCGAUUCCGAGUGAGCCUUUCGGGGGUUAUUCUAACGACCACGAGAAGAGUAAUAAAGGGCCGAAGCAGUACACGGUUCUGCAGCCGGCUGGAGCUGGGUCGCGCGCGGCCACGGCGCUGCAGGAGGCGCGGACCGUGCCCUCGGCGCAGCCCGCGCGGGACUCCCGGCCGCUCGCCGCGCUCUCCCCGCCGGUCGUCAGAGAAGGCAACAAGUGUCCCACUCCCGGCUGCAAUGGGCAGGGCCACGUCACCGGCCUUUACACGCACCAUAGAAGUCUGUCAGGAUGCCCAAGAAAGGAUAAAGUUACACCUGAGAUCUUGGCGUUGCACGAGACAAUCUUGAAGUGCCCCACACCGGGGUGCAACGGCAGGGGUCACGUCAGCUCCAACCGCAGUACGCACAGGUCCCUCUCAGGGUGCCCCACGGCCGCGGCGAGGAAAGCCGCCGCAAGAUCGCAGCGAGUUAGACCUGCAGUGUGUUAUACAGUGCCAAUACAAACCUCAAUCACCGCGACGAGCGAAACCGUGAGCGUUGUAAGCGGUGCGAGCGCGCAACGCGAGCGCGAGCGCGAAGCGGCGUCGCCGCGCAGUCCCGCCGUGAAGCGAGAAGCGGCCGAGCUGCUCGUCCCGAAGCGCGAGGCCGCCGAGCCCGAGCGCGACUCCCCCGGCAUGGAGACGCGCCACGCCGGGUACGGCGCGCCGCCUGACCAGCGAUCGCCGUACGAGCGACCGCCCGAUGACCACGUUCGAUCCUAUAGCCAAAUGAACGAAACACGGUACGGCUACGAAUCCCGGUGCUACGAGGGCGCCCCUGCCUUCGAGCGGUACGACCCUGCACAAUGUCCGCAGCGGCCGUACGGCUGGGAGGAGGAACGGUACCACGACCCCCACCUCCCCACGCCUAUGAAAACCGACCAGUCCGAGGAGACCAGCUCCGGCCCUAUAUACCCUAGACCAAUGUACCACUACGAAACGAGUAGCGGCGUAGGGGGCGUGGGUGGCGUGGCUGCGAUGGGCCCCGGCGUGCCCCCCGGGUUCUCGGCCAUCAACCUGUCCGUGAAGAUAGCGGCGGCGCAGGCGCAGCGGCCGCGGAGCCCCACUCCCCGGGACCCCAGGGACCCGCGUCCAGUCAUAGAUCUGUCCACGUCCAGUGGGAGUCCACAGGGUCCAUACGCGUCGCCGGUGUAUACGAGCGCGGGCGGCGGCAGCGGCGGCGCCCGGGGCAGCCCCCAACCGGGGGCUUCGCCCCAGCUCACCGCCAGCCCCCAGGUGCCCAGCCCGCAGGGGCAGACCCUCGAUCUUAGCGUGUCACGUUUACCACAUAGUCGCAGUUUCCCUGGUGGCGUCUCGUACAGUCGAGAGUCAACGCCAGACAGUGGUGGUAGUCAUCCGUACUUAGAAGCAUACCAUCGAGACACUGCUGGUUACGGAGGUGUCAGUCCACACCCAGUGGCUGGUUACGGCCUAGCCCAGCCGGACUACGCAGCGGCCGCCGCAGCGGCAGGCUACGGCGGUUACCAGUACCAGUGCGGCGCAUACCCCCCACCGCCUGCCUACCCGCCGCACGCGCCGCCCUACUCGCCGCCCUGCUACAUGCCACCGCCGCACGCGCCGCACGACAAACCUAAAGACAGCAGUUUGUAUAUGUGCAGCCUGUCCGGGUGUCCGCGCGCCGACCGCUCGCAGCUGCAGCCGCACUCCCAGGAGCUGAAGUGUCCGACGCCCGGCUGCGACGGUUCCGGACACGUCACCGGGAACUACUCCUCCCACCGCUCGCUGUCCGGCUGUCCGAGAGCCAACAAGCCCAAGAGCAAGCCGCGAGAUGGACAGGAUUCUGAACCGCUCAGUGCCUCUGGCUGCCCGAUCGCCAACCGAAACAAGAUGCGAGUACUUGAAAGCGGCGGCACCGUGGAGCAGCACAAAGCAGCCGUGGCGGCGGCGGCUUCGGCCAUCAAGUUUGAUGGGGUCAACUGCCCCACCCCCGGCUGCGAUGGGUCGGGUCACCUGAACGGGUCUUUUUUGACCCAUCGGUCGCUGUCUGGCUGCCCCAUAGCGGGCGCGGCGACUCCCACGCCGCAGCCGAAGAAACCGAAGUACCCAGAUGACAUCACGCCGCUCUACCCCAAACCUUAUUCAGGUAUGGACAUGAAUAUGCAGACCGGCAACGGGGAAGACCUGAUGACCCUCGAGCAGGAGAUCACGGAGCUCCAGCGUGAGAACGCGCGCGUCGAGUCGCAGAUGAUGCGUCUGAAGUCAGACAUCAACGCCAUGGAGACGCAUCUCAGCCACGGAGAAAGGGAAAAUCAGGCCAUUCUUCAGCGGAAUAACAACUUGAACGAGUACUACGAGAGCUUGCGCAACAAUGUGAUCACUCUGCUUGAGCACGUGCGUAUCCCCGGAGGGGGCACGGCGCCGGUAAGCGCUGCUGGGGGCACGCCCGGAGCGCCCCCGCCACCCGGACCCGGCGAAAAGCCAGCCCACGACAACUUCGAUUCUUACCUCACCAAGCUACAAACACUCUGCUCCCCUGAUGGCUACUGUCCCGACGAGAACCGACCCAUCUACGAAACUGUUAAGAACGCGCUUCAAGACUUUACAGUGCUCCCUACGCCCAUUUAAGGUUCACAAAGCGCCGCUGAUUCCGAACGACAGUGAAUCUAACGUGACGAACAGCGGAGCUUGAUCAGUGAAAUAAAAUAAAUAAGACUCGUGAAAGUGAUUAUACGUUAUACCAAAGAACAGACGAGAUACUGAAUAAUUUCUUUACAUGACUGUACAGUGCUGAACUUUAGCCUACAGACAUUUAUGUGUUCUACUAUUAGCUAAACGAUGUCUGUUUUGUAAACCGUUGUAUACGAUGUGUGACUUGUUUAUGACGUCACGUCAGCAACUGAAGAUUCAUUCGACUUUUUAUCGAUAAGAUGGACUUAUUAAAUUAAGACCUAAAUAAAUUUUUAAUAUUGUUACUCGUAUGCUUAAAAUUAAUGUAAGUAAUUGUUAGGGAAAGUUUAUACUACUGUAUGUAAGUGAUUUUAGCCCCACAGACGCAUUAAAUGUUCGAUUAUGUAAAUAUUGUACCUAAAUAUCGAUAUAAUAAACGAUUAUGGAAAAAUUCUGGCUACGGCCAAAAUCGGUCAGUAUUAGUGGAAUUCUAAAACAGGCCCUGAAGUGUAUCAACCAAAAAUACAUAGUUUUAAGUGGAAACUGUUAAUCUGUCUAAGUUCUUAUACUGGGAUUGUGCCAAAUGCUUCAAAUCACAGCAGCUCCCAUUCGCUGAUAUUUAAGACUAAAAUAUUGACAUAGAAAUAAUAAACGGUGUAAACAAGAUUAAACUCCUAGGACACUCUAGUCAGUUUUUGUAAAUAAUUGUGAAUAAAUAGUUGUCACGUCAUAGGGACGUUUUUAUUUGUAUUAGGAAAUAACGAGAUCUCAUUAGAUCGAGUAAGUUAAUAAUUCACUCAUUAAUUAAUAACCAAUUUUAGGGAAUAAAUUGAUGAUUUCUUUGUUAGCCAAUGUUCACUUGCUGUGAUUAUGUUAUGACGUGUUACUUAUUUAUUGUUACCUUUACGGAAUGUGAUAGCUUAUUAAACUCGGUUAGUGUUACUUUGCAUACCUUAGUUACGAGCUUAUACAGUGUGCAAUUAUGUUGAGAAUGAUGCUUUUUGUUGUAAUUUUACUCUUUUUUCACUCUUACGAAUCACAUUGGUACACAGAGACGAAUAACAUAUUCACAUUAUAAUACUAAAACCUAUUACUAUGUUACUACUCUGAUUGUCAUAUACGUUUCUGUAAAAUAUUGAGUAUGUGUUGUUAAAGAGAAUAAAAAUAAUAAAUACCGAA